AUGGCGAAGGUUGCAAUCCUCGUCGCAAAAGACAUCACUGUUAUCGAGCACUCGUUGUCAGAACCGGAGGUUGAGCACUUAACCAUAGAGAUCGUGCCCAACAAGCGGGGCCGAAAGAGCACGUUCGUGGUUAACACGUACAAGCCACCAAGGCCGGCGAAGGCUGAUUUCACCAACCUCCUUUCCGAAGCCAGUCGACUGGCGCAAGCAAACCAGCUUAUUGUAGUCGGGGACUUCAAUUCGCCUCACCGGGACUGGGGGUAUCAGUCAAACUCAGCAAGAGGAGUGACAGUCGCGCGAGCAAUAGAAGCCCUACGAAUGGAACUCCUUACCGACCCUCUAUAUCCGACCAGGGAAGGCAACAGUGUCACCCGUGACUCCUGCCCCGACCUCACCCUGAUCAAGAACGUCGCCGAGGCCACGUGGACGAACCUAGGAGAAACCCUGGGCAGCGACCACUGUAUACUCAGCACGUCCAUAUCAUCUAGCAAAAUUAGAAGACAUCUGGGUGCCGCCCAUAUCACUGACUGGCCCAAAUUCCGCAAUGCACCCGUCCCGUCAGGUCCAAUCUAG